AUGCAUAUACGUCAAAUCAGUCUUACGUCAACUCUUUUCACAGUGCAGUAAUAUUUUGAAAUAAUGAAUAGAUGAAACUGUUUCACUAAUAUAUAAUAUAAAAAGAAGAGUAUUUAGGUGAAUCUGUGUAAAAUGGUGGCAGACGAGAAAUUGUUUUUUUCAAAAGCUGUACAACAUUUGGCUAGAUGUCUUGCUGCUAUUAAACCUACACCAUGGGAAAAGGUAACUCGUUUAUUCAAAUUAUGUCCACAAGAAACUGCUCAAGGAAUAUAUCGUCUGGAUCAACGUGGACAAGAUGCAACUAUCGCAUUGGGAAUAUAUUUUCUGGAAUCAGGAUUACAACAUCGGGAUCGUAUUUUACCAUAUUUUUUACGAUUGUUACGUGGUCUUCCAAAAGCUGUUUGGUUGGAUGAAGUUAGAGUUUCACCCAGCGAAAGAGUUCCUGUUGCUGAACGUUUUAGUUUUUGUUUGAAUACAUUAUUAAGCGAUAUUGCUGCAAGAUGUGAAUCAGCACGUGAGGAAAUUAUUUCUACACAAAUUGAGAUAUUAGCAGUUUUGACAAAUCUGAUACGUGGUUAUAAAGAACAAAAUGGAAAUAGGGGUAUGCAAGCAAAAUUGUCCUUAUGCAAAUCUCUAGUUCCUGUACUUAUCGGACUGGCAAGAUCUAUGGGUCGUUUCGCAUGUACAGAUCCACCAUUGCUCUGUCGUAUCUUUCCACGGCCAGAAACUCCAGUUUCUUUUACAAAUACAGAAACACGUUUAACAUCGGAUAAAAAACAACAUAGCUUCUCAAAUUUUCGUCCAAUUAUUCCACGAUCUUUAAGUGGAAAUCUAAAUCCUUAUCCACCAAUCGAUAAUACACCAGCAUUGCUAACGGCUGAUUCUGAUUAUUCAACUAUCAAGAGACCAUCGUUACAAUCUUUUUCAUCUGUACCGUAUGAUCCAGUUACAUACUUUUUCAGUAGAUAUGGAUCAAGCUUUAAUCAAUUUCCACAAAUGCGAUGUAAUGAAAGUCCUGAAAAAAGGGCUGCAAUGCAAUUUAAUGUUGUACAUUUACAAAGUGUCCUAGCAUUAGCUAAAAAGCUACUUACUAAAGAUAUUCUUAACUUUCUCGACGAAGAAGCACAACAAGUUUAUAAUUCUGGUCAAGUACAAAUAUUUCCAUAUCGUACAUUCAGCGAAACUAUGAAUCUGGUUAUGGUAGCGGUGUUACGAGAAUUAUUACAAAAUCAACGUGAUUUACCUGCUCCAUUUACAAGAGAUGUACAAGAAUUUGUUAAAGGCCUUUUUCUAUCGGGACAGACAGAACUACAAUCUAGACAACACGAUGCUAGUGAGAGAGAAGAUGUAGAUACUAAUUUUCGUACAGUAAAUAGAUUCAAAGUUAACGUCAUGGCAAAUUCUGCAUGCGUUGAUCUUCUUGUUUGGGCCAUUGGAGAUGAAACUGUGAACGGGGAGUAUGAUACAUCCGCGCUGUUCGCGGAUAUCAGUUCUAUGCUGCUCGGCGAGGGUGCUGAUAGUCUGUGUGGUCGUCUUGUUGAAAAAAUUAAUUCCAAUCAUGGUCCAAAACUUGUAUUAGCACACAUGCCCUUAUUAUUGGUAUGCUUAGAAGGUUUAGGAAAAUUAGCUCAAAAGUUUCCUAAUAUUGCAAGUACUUCUAUAUAUUAUCUUCGUGAAUUUCUAAUUGUUCCUUCACCAAUAUUAUUAAAAUUAUAUCGUCAACUAAAUGAAAGAUCUAUAAAGGAACAUCAUUUUAAAGUUACCGUACAAGGAAAAGAAGUACAAGAUUCCAAACAGACAACAUCAUCCGUUCAAAUUGCUUUUGAAAAAUUACGUGAUGCAGCAAUUGGCAAUCUUUGUAUAGCUUUGGAAGCAGCACAUUCUGUUAAUCCAGAUUGUGUACCAGCACUAGUGGCUAGUGUAUCUAAUAGAUUGUUUGCAGCAGACAUAUGUGAUGGAGAAUCUGAUGAAAAAUCAAAUAGCGAGUUAAUCUCCAAAAAUAUUGUUAUUAUGUUAGGACACGUAGCUGUUGCUUUAAAAGAUACUCCAAAAACAAUGCGUACAAUAUUUCCAUUUUUCCAUCAACUAUUUUGUCGUUCACCAAGUGAUCUGGAUUUUUUGAUCGUGGAUCAAUUAGGUUGCAUGAUUAUUGCUAAAUGUGAAGCGCAGAUUUACGAGGGAAUAAUGCAAAUGUUUUCAAUGUCAUUGGGAUCAAGUACUGCAACUUAUGCAUCAAAUGACGAUAGAAAACAAUACUGUCAUGUUUCUAAAGCAGUAACAAAUGCUCUUGCUAACAUAGCAGCUAAUUUACAAGGAGAAACAGAAUUAAAUGACUUGCUUCUUCAUCUUUUAGAACUUUUUGUUCAAUUAGGUUUAGAAGGUAAACGUGCCAGCGAUAAAGUCCAAAAUAGUAUUGCUACAACGAAGACAACAAAUAGUGCUGGAAAUUUAGGAGUACUAAUUCCUGUUAUUGCCAUAUUAUUACGACGUUUACCACCAAUUAGGCAUCCACAAAAAAGACUUCUAAAGCUUUUCAAAGAUUUCUGGGUCUAUUGCGUUGUAAUGGGAUUUGCUUCUGAUCAGCAAUCAAAAAUAUGGCCCAUUGAAUGGUAUGAUGGUGUCAAAGAGAUAGCUGUUAAAUCACCUUAUCUUAUUUCACCAACUAGUGCACGUCUUGAGAUGCGAGAACUGCAGUAUACUUCAGCAGUACGCAAUGACAGUGUUUCGUUAACUGAACUUCAAGAAUUACGUAGCCAAAUAUUAAAAUUAAGCAGCCGGUCCAAUGAUAUAUCAGCAUAUGUAGCAAAAUUACAGUUUGCUCAGUGUACAUAUUUAUUAUCAGUGUAUUGGCUGGAAACCUUAAGGGUUGCAAAUAGUCCAGAACCUAGUUUACAUCCAAUAAUGGAAUAUUUAUGUGAUACUGAUUUGCAAAAAGAUAAAAGUGGUAUGUGGCAGUGUAUAUGUUGCAUUGCUGAUUCUGUCUUUGUUAGAUUUAAAGAUGUCAUGCAACGCAAACCAAAGGAUGAACAACGUGAAAAAGAAUUAGAAAAUCACGCUCAAUUCUUAUUAGUAUAUUUUAAUCAUGUACAUAAACAAAUUCGACGUGUGGCAGAUAAAUAUCUCAGUGCAUUAGUAGAUGCAUUUCCACAUUUAUUAUGGAAUUGUAAAGUAUUAUGGAGUAUGUUGGAUAUAUUACAGAUUUUAUCAUUUUCUUUACAAAUUGAUCCAAAUGAGGAAACACCUAGUUUACGUAUACCUAAUACACCUUACAGCAUUGAACUUAUGAAUAGUCUUGAAGCAAGAGAGAUUAUUGUAAAAGACUUUACGGCAAGAUGUAAAGGUAUAGUACAAGAAGCAAUGAAGUGGGCUCCUCAAGCUACAAGAUCACAUGUACAAGAAUAUAUAAAUCAAAUACCAUCUUCUGGUAUGUGGCAUCAUUCUGGAUUAUCUUUAGCAACAGAUUCGGUUCUUGAAUUUGUAGAUUUAACAGUUCCAACAGCUCUUCCAUCAAGCACAAAUUCAUUGGAUAAAAGACCUCGUGGUCCUAAAGGUGCAAGUUCAUGGCUUUUUUCAAUGAUGGCAAUGCGUUUAUGGCAUGCCGGUGAAGUAGCAGGUAUGGUUGCACUUGCUCGUUCAGAAUUUCCGACAAAUAAAAUGUCAAUAGAAGAAUCUAGAGUAGCAGUUGUACAACAACUUAUUGAUGCUGUUUGGAGUGCUUGUCGUGAAUCUAAUGAUCUUCAACAUCGUGGUGCUCUUUGGCGUGCUACUGCUCUUUUAAUAUCCAUGCCAGGAAUACACAGAAGACUUUUGCAAACUGUUGCCUGCUCUCAGGUUGAAUUAUUUACAAGUGCAGCAAUGACUACUGCUGUUGAAUGUUGGCAAUGGAUUCUUACUGUACGACCUGAUCUUAAAUUACGUUUCUUACAAGAGAUGCUUGUCGCGUGGCAAUACACUGUUGAUAAGAAAAUGGGAUUAUUUUCUGCUGAAGAAGAAGAAGUAAGUCCAUUAGCAGUUUAUGAAGGUUGUAAAUUAGAACCUAAUCCACCAGACGUAAAACCUCAUGAUAUUUGGAUAUCAUUUAUCAUGGAAUUAAUUGAAACUGCAAAAUACUGUUGUCAAGAAACGGUGGAUAUGAUAGUAAUGUUGCUUCAUCGAUCAUUACCAAUGUCUGUUGGUGCAUUUGGUGAAGAACCUACAAUAAACAGGCAUGUAGCUGCAGUAGGAGUACGUUUCAAAUUGUUAUCUUGUGGUUUACUUCUCCUUCAAGGUGAUAUUUUACCAAGAUCACUAAGUAAAAAUGUUCUAAGAGAACGUGUUUAUUCUAAUUGUUUAGAUUAUUUUUGUCGAGAACGACAAGUACCUACUCAAGAACUCGAACAACUUCGUGAAGAUAUAGUUACACUAAUACGUUUUUGGCAGGUAAUGCACAGUGAUAAAAAAUAUUUGAUGAUGACUGGAAAUGAAAAUGAUUUUGAUUUAACAAUACAACCUCAAGUGUAUACAGCAAGUGUACUUGUAACGAGUGAAACAAUCAAUUCGAUAACUGCAACAUUAAGUCCAGCUAAUAAUGAUUAUUCAAAAACACCUACCAGUGUGUGGGUUAAUGCUAUGCCAAUGUCAACCAGUAGUAAUACAUUGAGCAAACGUAGUAAUCGAAGUAAACGUGUCGUCAAUACCAAUGUUUUUGUCAAAGAUUAUAUUAAAAAGCGUAAUUUAAUUCUUGAAUUGUUAGCAGUAGAAAUAGAAAUGUUAUUGGUUUGGCGUAAUCCAGGUUGUAGACAAGAAUUAGCACUCCCAGGAGAAACUAGUAUUGCUGAAUGGCGUGCUAAAGCUAUGAAUGAAAAAUGGAGAGAAUAUACGCGUUUAGCUUGGGAAAUUAGUCCAAGUCUUGCUGUAUUUAUGCCAGUACGUUUGAAGAAUUCUGAAAUUAUUAUCAAAGAAAUUUGUGGAUUGGUGAGACAAAAACCUGUUUCAGUUAUGCAUAUUUCAGAAGCUUUACAAUAUCUUGUAACUACAGAUACUCUUUUGAAUGAUGUUCCUGAAUUGGUUUACAUGUUAACAUGGGCAAGAGUUUCACCUAUUCAUGCAUUAGCAUACUUUUCUCGUCAAUUUCCACAUCAUCCAAUUUCUGCUCAAUAUGCAGUACGAGUAUUAGACAGUUAUCCUGCUGAUGCUGUACUUGUUUACAUACCACAACUUGUACAAGCAGUUCGCCAUGAUUCUAUGGGCUAUGUUACUGAAUUUAUUAAAAAGAUUGCUAAACGUUCUCAGGUAGUAGCACAUCAAUUGAUAUGGAAUAUGCAUACAAAUAUGUAUAUGGAUGAAGAAAAACAAGUAAAAGAUCCAGUUCUUUUUGAUGUGUUAGAUUCAUUAGUGAAAAAUAUUCUUAAUGCAUUAUCCGGUCCAGCUAAACAAUUUUAUGAAAGAGAAUUUGAUUUCUUUGAAAAAAUAACUAAUAUAUCUGGUGAAAUUAGGCCAUAUCCAAAAGGUCCUGAACGUAAAGCAGCAUGCUUGGAAGCUUUAUCAAAAAUCAAAGUACAACCUGGUUGUUAUUUACCAUCUAAUCCUGAAGCAAUGGUUAUUGAUAUAGAUUAUAAAAGUGGGACACCUAUGCAAAGUGCUGCUAAGGCACCAUUCCUUGCACGUUUUAAAGUUCAAAAGUAUGGUAUUAAUGAAUUAGAAAAUAUUGCAUUAGCGGUGUCAACAAAUGGAAAAGUUGAGAGAAAGAAAGAUACUGGAAAAGAAACAUGGCAAGCUGCCAUUUUUAAAGUUGGCGAUGAUGUUAGACAAGAUAUGCUAGCAUUACAAGUAAUUAGUAUAUUUAAAAAUAUAUUCCAAAAAGUUGGUCUGAAUUUAUUUUUGUAUCCAUAUAGAGUAGUGGCAACAGCACCAGGGUGUGGUGUUAUUGAAUGUGUACCAGAUGCAAAAUCACGAGAUCAAUUAGGACGUACAACAGAUAUUGAUAUGUAUCAAUAUUUCAUUACACGAUGUGGUGAUGAAACAACGAAAGAAUUUCAAACGAUUCGACGUAACUUUGUUAGAUCAAUGGCUGCUUACAGCGUGAUUACGUAUCUUCUUCAAAUUAAAGAUCGUCAUAAUGGAAAUAUUAUGUUAGACAGUCAAGGCCAUAUAAUACAUAUAGAUUUUGGCUUUAUGUUUGAAAGUUCUCCUGGAGGAAAUCUUGGAUUUGAACCUGAUAUCAAACUUACUGAUGAAAUGGUACUAGUUAUGGGUGGUAAAAUGGAAGCUGCACCUUUUCGUUGGUUCAUGGAAUUAUGCGUUCAAGCUUUUCUAGCUGUGAGGCCUUAUCAAGAAGCAAUCAUUUCUCUUGUUUCUCUAAUGCUCGAUACAGGCUUACCAUGUUUCCGAGGUCAAACAAUAAAAUUAUUACGUGGUAGAUUUGUUCCAACAGCUACUGAUAGAGAAGCUGCUGCUUUUAUGCUUAAUGUUAUUCGUAACAGCUACCUCAAUUUCCGUACGAAAACAUAUGAUAUGAUACAGUAUUAUCAAAAUCAAAUUCCUUACUAAAUUAUUAACAUAUUCUCCAUUAUAUUAUUAUACUGUUUGUUGGAUCUAUGUCGAUGAUCUAUGUUAUGUAACUUUCUUCACAAAUGUGCAAAGUAUAUAAUGUAUAAUAUGGUUAAAUGUGAUAUAGUAAUUAUGGAACUGUAUAAAAGUAUCAAUAUCAUUGUUAUUUUCAUUUCUAUAUGUAUAUUAUAAAAUAAUGAUAUUUUAUUUCAUUGAUAGUAAAAUAUGUGAAUUAUAUGAGAACAUUCCGUUACUUAUAAUCGUGCUGUUAAUUGUAAAGUUAUUAAAUUAAUUCACUGUAAUAA